AUGGCGUGGUGUGACCGCGGGGUUCAGACGCUGCUGGCCACAGUGGGGGCUUUCGCUGCCUUCAGCCUGAUGACCAUCGCCAUCGGCACGGACUACUGGCUCUAUUCGCGGUCAUACAUCUGCAACAGCACCAACGCCACCACAGACGAGACCCAGCCGCAACCCAAAAGUAAGAAGGGCGACCUGACCCACUCCGGGCUGUGGAGAACCUGCUGCAUCGAAGGCAUCAAUCAAGGCAGCUGCUUCAGAAUCAACCAUUUCCCCGAUGACAACGACUACGACACCGACAGCUCCGAGUACCUGCUGCGUAUAGUUCGAGCCUCCAGCAUGUUCCCCAUCCUCAGCACCGUCCUGCUGAUGCUGGGCGGGCUGUGUGUCGGCGUGGGACGAGUCUACAACAAGACCAACAACGUCCUCCUCAGUGCAGGAAUUCUCUUCGUAGCUGCAGGCCUGAGCAACAUAAUCGGCAUCAUCGUCUACAUCUCCAGCAACGCAGGAGACCCCAGCGACAAACGCGACGACGACAAGAAGUAUACGUACUCCUACGGCUGGUCCUUCUACUUCGGCGCGCUCUCCUUCAUCGUGGCUGAAACGGUGGCCGUCCUCGCCAUCAACAUCUACAUCGAGAAAAACAAGGAGGUUCGCUGGAGGGCGCGGCGCGAGUUCAUCCGGUCGCUCUCCUCCUCCUCCCCGUACUCCAGGAUACCGAGCUUCCGAUACCGCCGGCGGACGUCGCACGCCAGCUCCCACUCCACGGAGGCCUCCCGGGAGAACUCGCCAGUGGGCGGCCUGAAGGGGGCGCCGUCUUCCAGCGGGCCCCUCGACGAGCUGUCCAUGUACGCGCUGGCGAGGGACAGCGUGACAGACAACACGUACAGCCCCGAGCACGAGAGCGCAGAGUUCCUCCAGGUUCAUAACUGUUUCCCCAACGAUCUAAAGGACGGGGUGAACCGCAGGACCACGCCGGUGUGA